CAUCCAUCAUGUCUGUGUGUCCAUCUGUCUUUUCUAUUGAUGGUUGAUGGUCAUCAUACCUUCUGGUUGAUGUACUCACCAAUAAAUAUAAGAACUUAAAAAUAAUAAUAAUAAUAUUCCUUUUGGCCCUGUUAUGAACAUCUUUAAGAAGUGUGGAGUUCAACUCCCCAGAAUUCCCCAGGUCCAACUGCGGAGUUCAACUCCCACAACUCUAGAAUUCUGGGCGUUGAAGUCCACAAACCUUAAAGACCCCCCCAAGGCUAAGAACUGUUGCUCUUUGGUCUUCGUCAAGGUGGAGACAAUCGGAGACGCGUACAUGGUGGUGUCAGGGUUACCCGUUCGCAACGGCCGGUUGCACGCCCGCGAGAUUUCCCGCAUGUCCCUGGCACUCCUGGAAGCCGUGCGCAACUUCAAAAUACACCACCGGCCUGAGCAGCAGCUCAAGCUGCGGAUUGGCAUCCAUAGCGGUCCCGUCUGCGCAGGAGUCGUAGGCUUGAAGAUGCCUCGUUAUUGUCUCUUUGGAGACACGGUCAACACAGCUUCGCGCAUGGAGUCCAACGGUGAAGCAUUGAAGAUCCACUUAUCGGCGGCCACCAAAACCAUCCUUGAAGAGUUUGGGUGCUUCGAACUGGACCUCCGAGGAGACAUAGAGAUGAAGGGCAAGGGGAAACUCCGGACAUACUGGUUGAUGGGCGAACGGGUCAGCAGUACCCGAGGAUGAUGAGAAGAUGGAGAAGACACUUUCCUUCAAGGAGAUCCACCUUCUUAGCUGAGGCACCCGAGACCGUCUUCAAAGAACCCAUUGGCUUUGAGUUGAGGGCACCACGGAUGGACCUUAGGGGACUAUCCUUGCUCCCCUGCCCCCGUUUCCUUUCACUUCUCCACCACCCCAGGUCCUAAGGUUGGGUAGAUCAGGAGAGGAUGACCCGGAAGAGGCCUUCUACUCUACCUGCAUGAUGGGACGUUCUGGAGAAGCUGGCUUAUGCUCCGUCACUUUUACGGGCCACCUCCUCAUCUUUUCUGGGGACGUUGGAGAAUUUGGAACUUUCUGUGGUCGAGCUGGCUGUCACAAGGGGAGGCCUGGACUGUACACAACUCUUGUGAUGGUCGCACACACACAAUCCUGCGGCUUCCCGGGAGCUGCAGAUUUUACAAUAAACAGAAUGUAUAGGUUUGUUUUUGGUUGACGUGAAGUUCCAAGGUCACAGAGGGUCUUGUUCUUGUAUGUGAAGCUUUGAAAGCCCCCCCGCAU